AUGGAAAAAGAUGGUAAUGGUUCAAGAUUUGCAUUUUAUCAAGAAAAAUCAAAUGGUGAAUAUUUAUUACAUCUUCACCAUAUAAUUAGUUCUCUAGGUUAUUGUAAACCGGAAAUACCUAAAAUACAUACAAGAAAAGGAGCAAAAGAAGGAACAAUAAGAUAUAUCUAUAGAUUAAGAUCUUAUACUUUCUCUUCUUUUAAUUGAAUUCAUAGUAGUUUCUAUCCUAAUAAUAGAAAAGUUAUACCUACUAAUAUUAAUUUAGAAGAUUAUAUCACACCAUUAGCUCUUGCAAUUUGAGUUAUGGAUGAUGGUUAUUAUCAUAAAAAUAAAGGUAUAAGUUUCUCAACUAAUUCUUUUACACUAGAUGAAAUAAAAUAUCUAGGAAAUAUAUUAAAAAGUAAAUACUCUUUAGAUUAUUCUAUAGUAAAAACUGGGACUAUUAAUCAAUAUAAUAUAUAUAUACCAAAAGAAUCAGCAAUUUUAUUAGGUAAGAUUAUCAAAAAACACUUAGCACCUUCAAUGUAUUAUAAAAUUCCAGUUCAAUGUUUUUUAUAA